UUUUAGCCUCUUACGACCAAUCAGCUAAAUGGCAGUUCUACGUGGAUGGAGAUUCGUGGGCUUUGUUUCCUGCAUCUUCGGCGCAGUGGGCCUAACGCUGUAUCCCGUGAUUGUGGACCCAAUGCUUAACACCGAAAAAUACAAAACACUGCAGGAAUACAGCAAGAUAAAGAGAGAUGAACUGGAAUAUAUUAAAAGGAAGUAAAAAACCCCUUUUAGAAUACUUAGGAAUCCAAAUAAAUUUAUUUUCAUUAACAUGAUAACACUACACAAUGUAAUAAUGUAAUAAUUUUAAGUUUUGUUGACAUGCGAAAAUAGACUGUUUAAAGUUAAAAGCAUAAA